AAAAAAAAAAAAUAAAAAAAAUAGUAAAUAAAUAGUGGAGUUUAAUGUUAAUAAUAAAAUAUAAAAAAAUAUGAAACUAUUGAUAAAGUGUGUUGAUUAGAUUGGUGAAUGCAGCCAAGAGGACGAUGAUGAUGAUGAUGAUGUUGACCAAGAGGUGACGGGGGUGUUGGAGGUGGUGGUAGUGGUGGCAAGGAAGAGUCACAAGAGAUAGAGAAGGCAGCAGGGCAAGGCAGGGUGUUGUGAGAAGGAGGACACACACAAUACAUGCAAUACAUGUUGUCCCAGACAUCCCGGGGUUGGCAUCACCCAAGCGAGUGAAUCUGCUGCUGCUGCUGCUGCUUUUGCUUGGCUGCUUCAAAGCGUUACGUGUAUUUAACAAUCGUCGUCGAGGAAGGGAUAAAAAAUAAAAAAAAAUAUAUAUCAACGAAGCAAGAGGAGAGGAUUUACAUUUUACACCAGUGUGUGCUUGUGACGAUUGUGUGUGGCUGUUAGGAGGUGAAAAGUAGUACGAAAUAUUGGUGCUGUUGGAAGGUCUUAUCCACGAGGAAGGCCAAGUGAAUAUUACGUUGUGGUUAAAACAUUUUUUUAAGUGCAUAAAUUAAAUAAAACACAGCUAGUUAAUUCAAAAACAAAAAACUAUUUAAUAACAAACUUGUUGAAAAAAAAAAAAAAAACAAAAGGUGAUUGAAAUUUAUUUAAAAAACAAUUAUAAAAAGACUGUCUUUGAAGAUGGAUACCAGGGAAAAGUACGAUGAAUUGUGCAGGCUAUGUGCCUCGUACGACGCCGUUAAAAUGAAUAUAUUUGGUCAGGACGGAAAAAAUCGACAAUUAGUUGAUAAAAUACAAACUUGUCUUCCAUUCAAGAUUAAUGAAGAUGAUCGAUUACCAAAAUGUUUGUGCUACAGAUGUAUGUACAAUUUGGAAAAUUUUUAUGACUUUAGAACAGCAUGUGUUAAUGCUGUUGCAUCUGAACGUAGUCUUCCAUCAAAUGAUUCCAAAAAUGGAGGAAGAAAUGGUAUAGAUAUGGAAAAAUGUUUUGAGCUACGUACAGAGCUAUUGAAAGAAAAAGAAAAAAUGCCAAUAUUAAUACCAGAAGCACCAGUUGUUAAUCCAAAUGCUGCCCUAGGUACACCACCAAGAUUAAAUUCCGAUGGUGAAGCAAUACAUGAUUUAGAAAUGGGACAAUCAAGUACUGAUGAUUGUCAAUAUUAUCUAGAUGAUAAUAAUCAUAAUAACAAAUCAGAUGAAUAUGAAAUGGAUAUUGAAUUAAAUCCAUCUGAUUUUCUUGACAUGAUAACAGACAUGGAAUCGUCAAAUCAAAUUGACCAAAUAUCAUCACAUGAUGUAUUUAAACAUACAUCAGAACAACAUGAAGUUUAUGUAUGUUCAUUGUGUGAUAAAGCAUUUAGUUCAAAGGGACAUUUAUCAUUACAUGCUAAAAUUCAUGUUGGUGCUGAAAAUGAUGUUGUAGGAGAAAAAGUUAUAACUGAUGAUCAUACAUCAUACAAACGACCCUAUCAAUGUGAUUUAUGUAAUAAAUCAUAUUCAACAGCUAAACACAGAUGGGGUCAUGUAUCAACAACACAUCGUGGUCAUCCAGCAGUAACAUGUCGUUUUUGUUCACGUAUUUACUCAACAAGAAUUAAUUUAGAAGAACAUAUUAAAUCAAGACACACUGGUUUAUCAGCACCACCUGAACCACCUGGACCAUAUAUACAACAAGAUACACGUUUUCAAUGUAAAAAAUGUCCAAAAAUGUAUACAAAUAUAACUGAUUUAAAUAAACACAGUCGUGUAUGUAUUGUUGGUGGUGGUGUUGGUAAUGAACGUACUAAAAAUAAAAAUAAAAAUAAUCAUAAUAAUAAAUUACCAAUAAAAGGUAAAUGUUUAAUGGAUGCAUCAGACGACAUGUCAAGUAAUGAAUCAGAUGAUUAUAGUCGUGAAUAUCGUAAUGCUGAAGCUAAAUUAUCUAAAAAUCCACAAUUAACAAUACUUAAACAAGCAUUAACACGUAAUAAUAAUAAUAACAAUAAUGAAGGUAUUAAUAAACGUUUAAAAAUUAAAGAUAAAAAGAAAUUAAUAAUUAAAAAAGAAAUGAUUGAUGGUGGUGGUUAUUCAAAAGAGUAUGAAAAAAUACAAGAAAAACCAUAUAUUUGUACAUUAUGUAAAAAAGAUUUUGUUGUUAAAUCAUCAUUAAGUAGACAUAUAUUAUCAUCACAUGGUAUUGAUCCAUCACCAUUUAUUGAAAAUGAUAAAUGUCUUAAAAAAUUAUUAUUAAUGCCAACAGCAACAAAUAAUAAUAUUAAAAGUGAACCAUUAGAAAUUAAUUCUAUAAAUCAAGAAGAUGAAAAUGAUGAGAAUGAUGAUGAGGAAGAACAACAACAACAACAACAUGAUGAUGAAACAAUAAAUGAUAAUCAUAUUGAAAUUGAAACAGUAUUUGUUUGUGAAAUAUGUACACGUGAUUUUAAUGAUCGUGCAUCAUUAUGGUUACAUAUACGUGCAACACACAAAGAAUAUGCUGCAUUUGCAUGUGGUAUUUGUUUAAAAAUAUGUUCAGAUAAUGAACAAUUAUUAAAUCAUGUUAAUAUGUAUCAUGGUGGAUCAAAAUUAUUAGUAUCUGAACAAAGACGUUAUAGUUGUACAAUAUGUGGUAGACAGCAUGAUUCUAGAAAAAAAUUAAUAACACAUGUAUCAAUACAUAAUAUUGAUUCAUCAUAUGAUCCAGCUAAUUUUGUACAGCUUAAUUCAAAUUAUUACAGUGAUAAUAUACCAAUAAUAAAUGAUGGACAAGAACAAUGGACUGAUUUUGAUGCUGAAGAUGGUGAAAAAGUAAAUUGUCAUGUUUGUUUUAAAUCAUUUCCAAAUGAAGAUCAUUUAAUACGUCAUCAACGUAAUGCACAUAAAACAGAUCAAUUAAUAAAUGAUACAACAGCAACAUUAUCAACAACACCAUCAUCAUCAUCAACAACAACAACAACAAAUGGUACAAAAGGACCAUAUAAUUUAUUUUAUGUUUGUGAAUUAUGUGGUAGUUCACAUCCAAGUAAAUGGGAACGCUGGCUUCAUGUAUCAAAUACUCAUUAUGAUGAUGCAACAAUAAAAUGUGAACGUACUGAUUGUGCCAAAAUAUUUUCAACAAAAUCAUUAAAAAAUGAUCAUGUACAACAUCAUGCAAUGCAGGGACCAUCACCAAAUACAUGUGAAAUAUGUGGUAAAUUAUGGGGAAGUAGAGUUGAUUAUUGGAAACAUGUUAUGGGUGUACAUGCUGAUACAGUACCAUUAAUAUGUGGUGUUUGUUUAAAAGUAUUUCCUGAUGUUUAUCAACUUAGUUUACAUGUUAAAAAUCAUUGGCCAUUGACAAAUGGUGAUUUUAGUUGUGAUAUUUGUGGUCGUCCAUAUUCAAAUAAAUCAAAAAUGUCACGUCACAGAAAAAUACAUGGUAUUGUUGAUAAUGAUUUGAUGAUGAUGACGACAACAAUGACAACAACAACAACAAAUGGUAUGUCAUUAUUAAAUCAAAUAAAUAAUGAUGAUGAUAAUAAUAUUAUGAUGAAUGAUAAUAUACAAGAUUAUAAUUUAACAUGUGAAAUAUGUACAGAUAAAAGUUUUAUAAAUUGGGAUGAUUUAUGUAAUCAUCGUAGAUUAACACAUGGUUUAUUUCCAUGUGAUUUGUGUAAUAAAUGUUAUGGUAGAGCAUCACAUCUUUGGAAGCAUGUUAAUAGAGUACACAAAGGACAUAGUGAUGUAACAUGUCGUUAUUGUUUAAAAACAAGUGCAUCAAAAGAUCAUCUUGCUGCUCAUAUUGCUAAAACUCAUCGUUAUGAACCAGAUGAAAAACAACAAUUAAUUAAUAAUUACAUUAAUAGUAAAACAAGUGGUGGUAGUAGUGGUGGUGUUGGUGUUGGUGGUGAUGAUGAUGUUAUUCAUCAUUGUGAAAAAUGUAAUAAAGGUUUUCAUAAAAGAUAUUUAUUACGUAGACAUAUGAAAGGUUGUCAAAAUUAUCGUAAAGAUCCUGGUGCAUUAUUAACACGUUGUCGUGCAUGUGAAAGAAUAUUUAAAGAUCGUGCAAGUUUACAAAAACACAUUGAAAAUCAUCACAGUAGUUAUACAUGUCAUUUGUGUAAUGAAACAAUAACAUCAAAACUUGGUAUUAUGACACACAAUAGAAUUAAUCAUAUGAAUCAUGAUGAUUUAACAUGUACAUCAUGUAAAAAAUUAUUUAGAACAAAAGAAGAUCUUGAUGUUCAUAAAAAAGAUCAUAAAUAUCAUAAUUCAUUAAAUGUUUGUGAUUUUUGUGAUACUGUUGAGAGUAAGCUAAAAUUAAAAAUGCAUAUACUUAGUUUACAUAGAAAUGAAAUUGGUGUAUCAUGUGGUGUAUGUUUAAUUCCAAUGAAAGAUCCAAAGGAUUUAAAAAAACACGUUGAGGAUGAACAUCCUGGUAUAUUAUCACGACCAAAUACAUGUCAAGUUUGUGGUAAACAAUAUGCAUCAAAAUGGAAAGCAUUUGAUCAUACUAAAAAAUGUCAUGGUAAAGUAUUUAGAACAUGUAAACAAUGUUUAGCUGUAUUUACAAGUGAUGAUGAUAUUAGAUAUCACUAUGAAUACAUUCACAAUGUAACUAAAGAACAACUUGCUAAUAUUGAAAGCAGUUAUGAUAAUUCAUCUAAAAUUGAUGAUCAAUCAAUUGACAUUGAUUACUUGGAUUAUGAUGAUGAUGAUGAUAAUAAUUCAUUAUUAUACAAUAAUAGUUUUUCAACAACAAAACGCAAAAGAUCAGAGUCACAUGAGUGUGAUAUUUGUUAUGAAUUAUUUGCAAAUGACGAUGAAUUUGGUCAACAUUAUCGUGAUGUACAUAAUAAAGAUCCAGAUAAGAUGUUUAAAAAAAUUAAAUCCAAGAAAAAAUCUAAAAAUCGUGAUAAUUAUGAAUGUAAAAGUUGUACAAAACAAUUUAGUACAAGAUCAUUGUAUUGGAAUCACAUAAAAAUAUGUACAAAUAAAUAUUUAAAAGAUGAUUUAGAAAGUGGCAAUUCAAUGUCGAUACUUGAAUCACAUCUUAAAAAUAAUAAUCAAUUAAAAAUACAACAACAACAACAACAACAAUAUGAUAAUAAUAAUGAUGAUUUUACUGAUGCAGCUGCUGGUGGUGCUGCUGCUGUUGUUGAUGAUGAUGAUAAUAAUGAUGUAAUGAAUGAUAUGAGUUUAAAUAUACCUGAUUUUAAUUUAUUUGAAGAUAUUAAUAUGCAAUUAUCUGGACAAAAACCUUUGCCACCAUUGAUGCCACUGACAACAGUAAAAAAUCCACAGCCAACAAAAUGUUAUCGUAAAGAUUCAAGAAAAGUUUAUGAUGAAUCAACAAAUACUGUGUGUGCUUGUGAAGUGUGUGGUAAACAAUGGCCAGCUAAAAAACAUUUAUGGCAACAUUUAAUUAGAUUUCAUCGUGCUGAAGCUGCUGUAACAUGUGGUGUUUGUUUAAAAUUAUGUAAAACAUAUUUUGAUUUAUCAUGUCAUUUAAAAGAAGCACAUGAAGCAAUAUUAAGCUGUGAAGGAAAUAAUUUUACAUGUAAAACUUGUGGUAGAUAUCACAAUGCAAGAAGUAAAUUAUUACUUCAUAUGAGUAUUCAUAUUAAUAAUAAUGAACAUAUUUGGUGUAUGAAAUGUGCUGUUAGUUUUGAAAAUCAAGAUAAAUUAAAUGAACAUGCUAAUAAUUGUAUUGUUAAACGUCGUGAAGAAGCUGAUGUUGGGGACCAAAUUAUAGAAAAAAAUAAUAUUAAACAUGAAAAUGAAGAACAAGAAGAAGAACAACAACAACAACAACAAAAUAAAAAAGCAGAAGAGCACGAAGAACAACAAGAACAAGUAGAAGAAGAAGAAGAAGAAGGAGAAUAUGAUGAUAAAGGUAGUUUAAUUGGUGAUGGUGCUUCAUUGAUGGAAGAAGUUGGUGAAGAAGCUGAUUUUGAAAGUGAACAUGAAGCAUUUGAAGAUAAUGGUGAAAAUAAUACUGAACAAAGUGAACAUUCACAACACUCUGAAGAUUCUGAUAGCAGUAGCAGUAGUAGUAGCAGUAAUAGUAGUGUUGCAGCAUCAGCCAGUGAAGAUGAAGAAGAAGAAGAAGAAGCCGAGGCCAAUGCCAAAGAUACAACAAAAUGCUCUGAUGUUAUUAUUAAAGAGCAUGAAAGUCAUGAUGAUAAAUCAAAUAUUUCAAUUGAUAUUAAACCAGUUAUAAAUAAUGAUUCAUCAACAAGUCAAGAAAAUAAAAAUGAUGAUGAAAAAUUAUUAAACACUGUUGAUGUAAAUGAGCCUAUUAAUAUUAAAUGUGAAAAAAAUUCUAAUAAUGAAGAAAAACCAUUAAUAUCAAGUGAAUCUUCUCCAAAGCCAGAUGAUAAUGAUAAUAAUAAUUAUGAUAAAAUAAAACAAGAUAAAGAUGAAGAAGAAAAUGAAAAUGAAGAAGAAGACGAAGAAGAAGAAGAGAUGGCAAUUGAUUCAGAGCAUGAUGAAAGUGUCGAACAAGAUGAACAAAAUGAAGAAGAAAAUGAAGGUGAAGAUGAUGAUGAUCAAGUAGAAGAAGAAGAAGAAGAAGAAGAACAAGAAGACGAGGCGGAGGAGGAAGAAGAUAUAUAUCCAGAAGUAAAUCAUGAAGGUUUAGAAGGCAUAAAAGAUAUUGAUUAUGAACAAUCAUCUCCUGAUAAAUCACACGAUGAAAUUGAAUCUGAUAAUGAAAAUAAUGAAGAAGAGGAGGGGGUAUUUGUAACUGAGCAUGAAGAUGAAAUGCAAAUUGAAAAUCUUGAUGGUACUGUAUUAAUGGUUGCAAAUGAUGCUGAUGGAAAUCAAAUAUUAAUACAAAGAAAUGUUGAUGAAAUUGAGGCUGAUGAUAAUGAAUUGGCUGAUGUUACUGGUUAUAUUUAUCAACAAGAUAAUGUUGAGUAUGAUGAUAAUUAUACUGAUAAUAAUGACAGUCAAGAUGUUGAUGAAAAUAAUGACAAUGAAAUGGAAAUACAGAGUGAAGCUGAUGAUAAUGUUAAUUGUGGUGAAGAAAGUGAAGAUGAUGAUGGUGAUGACGAUGAUAAUUCGAGUGCCAAAAACAGUGUGUCAAGGACGUAGUUUUAAAAAAUUCAAGUCCUUGGGUUUUUUUUCUAAAUAUUAUUUGUUUGUUUUCUUUUUUUUUUUAAUUUAUAAUUUAGAUUGAACAAAUAGAAUAAGACUAUUUUUUUCUACAAAAAAAAAUAAUAAUAAAAAACAGUAUCUCAAUGAUACUUUAGUUUCUAUUUAAAUACAAAAAUUAGGAUUAUUAAAAUAACAUAAUCAAUCAUGAUGAAUUUCAUAAAAAAAUAGCAAAUUUAAUUUGUUAUAAUUAAUUACAAAAAUAAUUCACUUGGCUAUAUAGGUAUCUUUGAGUUUACAUAAGAAAAGCAUCAUGUAGCCCAAAUAUAUUCACUUUGUCUUUUUUGCAUGAGUCCACAUGAGUCAGUAGGAAAUAAUUAUAAUGUCAGUUGUAUUUAAAAUAUUUAUUUUUUUUGUUAUUUGAAAGUCUCAUUAAUUGUUAUUUCUCUAUUUUUGAAUAUUUUGUGAUUCUGUGUUAGUACAAAGUCAUUAGACCACAGCUGAAUCAACUACAACUAUUCAACUUGAGACAAAUGCUUUGAUUG